AUGGCUUCUAUAAGAAACCUGGCCCAGGCUGCAAUCAUUUUAUGUGCCAUGUGCUUCAUUACAACCUCUGAUGGAAGACCAAUGGUGAGGAGGUCGGUGAGCGAGAUGCAGCUGAUGCACAACCUGGGCGAGCACCGGCACGCGGUGGAGCGGCAGGACUGGCUGCAGAUGAAGCUGCAGGACGUGCACAGCGCCCUGGAGGACGCGCGCACCCUGAGGCCUCGCGGCAAGGACGACGUGGUGCUGGGCCGGAGGCUGCUCCCGGCAGCGGCGCAGAAGAAAUCCCUGGAUGUGGACAAGGCUUACAUGGAUGUCCUCUUCAAAGCCAAGCCGUAG